GCUUCUACUUCUGACCAACGGAAAAAAACGCAAUGACUUUUCUUUUCAAAGCAGUUGACAAGCUCGGCGAGGUCGCCGACAAAUUUGCCGACCAAGCCUCAGUCCUGCUGGAUAUCGAGCAAGAUUCUCCCGAGGAAAUUGACCGAAUAUUGCACGUCCUGCGGCUGCCCCAGAAAUGGUUAUUCGGUAUAGAAAAUCGUCGCGUUGAAGUUGGACCUACCGCACUUUGAACUCACAUAUUUCGCUCUCAGAUAAAGAACCGUAACAUGAUGAUAAAGCAAGGGGGAUGACCGUGAUACAACUGAAUAAAGAGACUCUACUUUUUACCUUUUCAAAAAAUAUCUACCAGGUGUCGGCGAGCUGCGGGCGUAUGUGGAGACGUACCCGUAUGGAGCUCUCAACUGUUACAUUCUCAACUGUUACAUGAAAUUUGUAAUGCAAGAAUGGCAAAAGUGAAAGGGAAAAGCUUGCUCCUUUUGCAUUACAGGUUUGGAGCAGAUUACAAUGCUAUCUAGCGUGUCGAGAACUUGUCAUGCGGAGAAGGUUUGAAAUUGUGAAAAGUGAUAGCGUUUUUGCAUGACAAAUCAUGUAACAGUUGAGAAUGUAACGUUUGAGAGCCCCAUAACCCGAAGGCAGUGGAGGUCCUCGCCAACGACCCGAUGCGAGUCAAACUU